CCCCAAAGUCAUAAAAUCAACAAUCACCGAUGUGACUGAUGCAGUUUGGCUGUUUGAAGUGCUUAUCUAUGAUGAGCACCUUCAUUUUUAAUGCUCCCCCUGCUGCCUUGCUGAUUCUAUCUGCACGCACGCGCCAUUGUUGUGUGCACAAAGCUGCUUCACAACCUCUCACUUGAUCUUCAUCAUAACACGGCAACAAAGCACACAAUAACCGGCUCGGCUUCAAAGAUCCAGUCUCACAGCGGUGAGAUGUGACCUCUAGUUUGACUCUACACGUGAAUAUGUGAGUGGGAAACUACAAUAUUACAUUCAUAGUCAAUUCAUUCCAUUCGAUUGAAAUAGUUUUAACCAUCAGAAGAUGCUUUAAGCCGCCUUGAAUAGUGUGGCAACAUCGAUGCCAUGCAAAUAUCCUGCUUUGACUGACAAACGUACAUGCAUCUCCGUAAGAGAGGCACAGACGACGCGGCUAAAGCGAAGGAUGCCGGCUAAGGGCCACCUGUAUUUUGCAGUCCUACUUUUUCUGCUGAAGAGGGCGACAGAAACAAGAUGCACCUCUGGUUCCAACCUCUUGGUGGUCUUUCCAGAAAACAUUGCCUACUUUUACCCUGAGGAACCUCACAACAUGUGACGGCUUUGCACGAUAACACAAAAGUCACAGUGGCGAUCGGUCAACAAACCCACACGGAGAUUCUGGCCAAGGCACAGACGCGGCGCUUCUUCUCCGAUGGAACCACUGAGCUCGGGCGAGAGAAUGUUUCUGACAAGGUUCUUCGGGUGAGCAGCACCCGCCAGGUCACUGUCCAGGUUGUCAGCGUCAAGGCGGGCAGCGUGCAGAGUGCUCGAGUUCUUCCCGUGGAUGCGCUUGGCACUGAGUACCUCGUCCCGCGGGUUCCCGAAAACCAGAACACCACCCAACCCCCUGAUGUGGUUUGCGCCUACAUGACCGAGUUCGCCCCCUUUAGGCUCAUUGUGGUUAACGCAGAGAAAGUCAACACAGUCAGCCUGGAAGGAGACAACAUUACCAAGGAAGUGGAGCUGGAGCCUCACCACGCCGCUCAGUUCUGGCUGGACGGCAACGAGGUCUGGAGAGUGGUGAGGGCUAAGCACCCGGUGGCGGUUCUCUUCGGGCACCCGUGUGCCGCCACACUAAACUGCGGCUGCUCCAUGCUCUACGUCACACUAAACCCCAAACCACAUUGCAAGAUGGCCUUCUUGGUCCCACCUCUGCUGUCCCAAGCCUCAGAGGACCAAACUGCUCUCCUUCUGUCCCAGGAGGACGCUUCCUCGGUGGACUCCUCGUAUCCAGGCUGGCCUCUGUUGGAGCUCUCCGGUAUCGCCGCCGUCCUCCACCGGCCUGGCCUGCUCCUGCCACUCAUCCCUCAGUCGGAGUUGGCCUCAUGCUACGUGGUCAAUGCCAUACCGGACGUGUAUAACUUUGCCGUCAUUCUGGUCCACAAGGACCUGGCUAGGCCGUGUAGGGAGCAGCCCACUGGAAGACCCCACCUGGCUAACGCUUACGGGGACAGACUAUGUCUCCACGGUGUUAACGCUCAGCCUGGACAGCGCCAUUUGGCACACCUCGGACAAGAUGGCUGUCUACUAUAUAGGACAAAAGGGGGGCGUCCUUUUUGGGAACCCGGCGCCUGCCAUCAGUCAAACCUCAGAUUACAGAGGCUGCGUCUUGUCGCCUGACGUUUGGGAAAUCGGUUCUGAGGCUCUGGGCUGGCAGGAGUCCAUCAAGUUCUGCAGAGACCGGAAUCUCCAUUUGGUCAGCUUGUCCUCUCUCCAACUCAUGGAACAAGUGCAGGUCAGAGUCCGGCAGGGGUAUACCCGGGAUAGCGUCCCGAGGCGGGCUUGGAUCGGCUUGCGUCGCAGCACAUUGACUGGCGCCUGGUACUGGAUCGACAGGGUGCCGUUUACAGUCAGCAACUGGCAGGGGGGCAAGCCCGAGGACACUCAUGGGGGUCAUUGUGGAACCAUUAAUCUAGAGCCAAGUCAGGACUUUGGUUGGAGCCAUGAGGACUGUUGUUAAGAUGUCCAUCCCAUCUGCUACCGAGAACCACAACUCUUUACCAUGCAGUAGAUUGAGCAUGGCUAACGUUGAGUGUGGUUAGCUAACACUUGAGUUAGCUCUACUGCUGUAAGCUCAUGCUAUUGAUAAUAUAGUGUCAUAGUGUUUGUAAUCUUUUUGUAGUCUUCAUAGUCUUUUGGUAGUCUAAUUCUUGUCAUGUUUUUCGAUUGUUUUAGGAGUGUUUUUCUUUUUUGUGGUCUUUGUGUGUGUGUGUGUAUGACAUGAAACCAGUUUGCUACAUUAAUGCGUCUUCAUUAGCAUCUUAAGGCUUGACAAGUUAGCCACAUUAGCAUGAAUAUUUAAGUAUGCUGACAUGAAAGCAGCAAGGAAAACAAACAGAUGAAACCUUUGUUUGUCAUUUGUAGUCCUUUUGAAUGAAUGAUAAAGUUUGAUACCAUUUUGCAGUGAAUUU